UUUUAUUAAAAAUGGCAAUGGCAGCUAGAGUUGGUGGUCGAGGGGGUCGGAUUCCCCCGGAGGUCAAUCGCAUUUUGUUCAUCAAAAAUUUGCCCUAUAAAAUAACUGCAGAGGAGAUGUACGACAUUUUUGGAAAAUUUGGUGCGAUAAGACAAAUUAGAAUUGGCAAUUUACCCGAAACUAGAGGGACUGCAUUCGUAGUUUAUGAAGAUAUUUUCGACGCCAAAAAUGCUUGUGAACACUUGAGUGGUUUUAAUGUUUCAAAUCGCUAUCUUGUUGUUCUUUAUUAUCAGGCUACAAAGGCUUGGAAACGUAUGGACACAGACAAGGCUAGACAAAAAUUAGAAGAAGUUAAGGAGCGUUAUGGACUUGGUGGAGAUAUUGAAAAAGAAAAGGAGAAGAUGGGGAUUUAUACUCCAAAAUAUACUCCGGGAGUCAGUACACCUCGACAUAAAAAUUAA